AUGGUGGCUGCAGGGCCCCAAAGCCCAGUGGUGCUUCUCAGCGAAGAUGGACUCCAGUUCCUCUGCCAGCAUUCCCUCGCAGACUUGGGCAAGCUGAAGCUGGCGGAACUGGGUCUGGAGAGCCGUGGCCCGGCGGCGGCGCUGAGCCUGGCGAAGGGGAGGCCAGCAAGCUGGACCCCCAUUGCAAACGCAGCUGCAGGACCCCUGCGUUUUCUUUUCCUGGGCUUCACUUCUGGGGUUCCGGCGGUGGUGCAACUGCGCCUACGCGACAAAGAGGCGCCAAGCUGCUCACUCCUGCGCCUCGUAAUGGAGGAUCGACCAAGGCCUCCCAUAGCGCACGUGGCCGCCUUUGAGGACCCGAGUUCUGAGACGCCUUGCGGGUUCGUCGCCUUCGAUGCGGGCAGCGCUGCCUUCCGCCUCCGUCUUCGCUUCGCGGGCGGGCCCUUGGAGGCACCUUGCGUGGACGUGGACAGGUGCACGUCGGAAGCCCUUCCGAUGGCGGCCAACAGCUCCUGGUCUUUCGGCGACUUCCUCCCGCCCUCCGGAGGCGUCACAGGCCCUUCGUGCGCCGCCUUGGUCCAGCUCGGGGCGAAAUGGACAGUGGACCUUUGGGACUACUGA